CAUAUGAGAUAUCCACUUCUUUUCCUUGUCUUUAACUAAUCUGCACAUAAGGUAGUGUCUAUCAUUCAUUUUGUGUUCUCUGGUUAUUAAAGUAAAUAACUUUAAAAUAGUAUUUUCAACUCUGUAAAAUUCUCACAAUAAUGAAAAGGAAGACGAACGAGACGAGAAACCCUAACAUGGGACAAGCUAAACAAGCCAAGAACGAUUCACUAUCACAUGAGCUGUGUACUACUAUUUUGUCUUCAAAUCAAAAUGAAAAUUUCGUUGAGAUAGAGAAAGAGAAGACUCUGGCGUUGAUAAAUGCAUGGGAAGAGAACGAGAAGGCCAAAGCUCAAACCAAAGCCUACAAAGAACUUUGCUCCAUUGAAGCAUGGGAGAACAACAUGAAGACAUCUCUAGAAUUAGAUCUGAAGAAAAUGGAGGAAAAUUUGGAAGUGGAAAAGGCUGAAUAUUCAAAUAGAUUCAAGAAAAAAAUACCAGAAAUUGAAAAAAUUGCAGAAGCGAAAAGAGAAAAAAUUGAGAAACAAAAAGAGCAAAAAUCUAUCAACCUGAAAAAAAUGAGUGAGAAGCUAAGUGCAACUCCACAUGCCUAUCCACCCAAAACCAAAACCUGUGGAUGUUUCUAGAAAAAUGUCUUAUGGGUCAAUUACUGGCCCAUUAAAUCCUCUAUUUGAAUUUGCUUGUGGCAUGUUUC